UUCAGUCAGUCAGUCAGUCAGUCAUGGCAAUGGAACUCAGCCUCAGCUCGUCGCUUGCCUGUGUGCUGGCCACACUCCUUGUUCUGGGCCUAGUCCAUGCGGAUGUGGGCGUGGCAGAGCAGCAACGUCUUCGCCUGCAACAAUUGUCGUAUCCAGCGGCUGGCUUUAAGCCCGCGCGGCAGUUUCCGCUGCCCGCCGCCGCUGCUCAGCCGCAGUCCGAGAGGCUCGUGGCCAACAGCGAGGCGCAGGAGGAUUUGGAUGAUGCCGCCGAGGAGGUGACCACCAGACCCAAGAUAGCGACACCUGUGCCGGCUCCUGUGCCCGCAGCUGCUCCUGUCACGCCCACAAUUGCCUAUUAUCCAGCGGGUGCUGUGGGCUUUGUGCAUCCCACGACAUAUGCCCAGGUUCUGGGAGCACCACAGCUGCCACAAGCGGCGUACGCCAAAGUCCUGGCAGCACCACAGCUCCAGCCACAGCCGACAGCUGCCUAUGUGAACGCGCCCCAGUACUAUGCCGCCUACUUUGGCUGAGCUGAGAGAGAUGUACCCUAACCAGCGUAGAAUAUUGUUCCAAUAAAAGUUGAUUUUUAUCGUCGAA